GGCGUUUCAGUGAGGAAGCAUCCGCUUUCGAGGGAAGCCGCCGCAACAGCAACAGCAGCAGCCAACAACCGGCGGCGAACCGGCUCUUUCUAUAAACCCUCGUAAACACGACGACAGCAGCAGCACGUCACUCCCCGAUCUGUCAGCCGGGCAAUCAACAACAACUCUGCUCCUUCGAUCAACCUAUCACCCCGCGGGGGUGCCGGUUUUAGGUUAACACGUUCCAAGGAACCGAAGGUAGGCUUCGGGCUUCGUUGGUGCACUUUGAAAAUCGAGCCUUCGCUCGCGUCCCUGUGUGUGUGCGCGUGUGCUCUAUUAUUGAUAUAAAGAACAACAAACAAGGGUGUAUCAAAUUUAGCAAUGGCUGAUCAAGUUGAUCCGGCGGAUAACGAUGCUGGAAACAGCAAGGAGGAGGAAGAGGAGUUCCUGAAGGUGCUACGUAUGACUAGGUACGACGAUGGAUCGGUCAAGCUUCGCAAUCCCAAUAUCGAGCUGAUGGAUCAGGAUAUUUUGUACCAUCUGGCGCUAGGUAGUGGAAGCCAUGAUCUUCAGGAAAUGUUUGGCGAUGUGAAGUUUGUGUGCAUGGGCGGCACGCCGAAGCGGAUGGAGACGUUUGCGCAUUUCAUGAUGGACGAAUUGAAACUAAAGCUGCCCGCCGGUACCCAGCUGCAAGACAUUAGCGCGUUUUCCUAUCGCUACUCGAUGUACAAGGUUGGUCCUGUGCUGUCCGUAAGUCAUGGCAUGGGGGUCCCGUCGGUCGGCAUACUGUUGCACGAACUGAUCAAGCUGAUGUACCAUGCGAAGGUGAAGGAUCCACACUUUAUCCGCAUCGGCACGUGUGGCGGCAUCGGUGUAGAGGGUGGAACCGUUGUCGUAACUGACGAUGCUUACGACGGUUUGCUGCGGAACAGCUACGAACUGGCCAUCCUGGGACAGAUUGUACAUCGCCCUGCAAUCCUUGACAAGAAGCUGGCGCGCGAUCUGAAGGCAAUGGCAACAGAAGACGAUCCGUACGAUACGAUCAUUGGGAAAACAAUGUGCACAUAUGACUUCUACGAAGGUCAAGGGCGGUUAGAUGGGGCGUUCUGUGAAUUUAGCGAGACCGACAAAAUGAAGUACUUAGACCAGUUGCGGGAGUUUGGUAUCGUCAACAUCGAGAUGGAGAGCACCAUCUUCGCCGCGCUUACCCACUACGCCGGCAUCAAGGCGGCCGUCGUGUGCGUUACGUUGCUCGAUCGAAUGAAGGGUGACCAGGUGAUGGCGCCGAAGGAGGUGAUGAACGAGUGGCAGCAGCGCCCCCAGAACCUUGUUUCCCGCUACAUUAAGGAGUACGUCCGGAGGACGAAACUUAGUGUGUCAUAUCCCAAAUUUGUUUUUAGAACUAUUUCCAACCGUCGUGCUUCCAUAUGAGAAAUAGAGUGUUGCAGCCAUGGACGGAGCCAUGGAGCCAAUGGUGAAGCAUUCACUCAACCAAAAUCUGGAUUAGCAGAAUGGAAUAAUAAAAUAAAUGGAAUAGCUAGAAUGGCAAUGAGAAAUGAUAUGCCAGCCAAAGGAAAUUGGAACGUAAAAAACCUUCUUGGAUGCACUGUAUUUCACAGCAUCUUAUGAUUAAAGUGUUUUGGCGAUUUCAACUAUUGCACUUAUUAUCGCAGCAACGAUCACAGCGGAACGCUUGCGAUUUGUUCCCUUCUAGUAUGUCGAUUGCUGCACAUUUUCUCCCCAUGUGUGCGAUUCUUCCGCCGCAAGUAUCUUCUUCCGAGGAGUGAUGCGUAGUAGGCUCCUGUGAUGGUUCUAUCUGUUUCGAGUCUAUGAAGAUAACUUCGUAACUAUUCCAAAAAACAGUCGCUAACACCUCCCCGAUCGAAGGGACGGUCUUCGCAUUCUUCGAAGUCGGUUCAUCCUUUGCAGUCCGCUUCUUCGACUGGUUUUUCGUUGCGGGUGAUUAGGGGUGAAUCCAAAGUUGCACCAAAUCAACCGACGCAAAAGCUCCAUUUUGUUUUGCCUGUAUUUCGCCGCUUCCGACAUCCCCUGAAGGGUAGGCUUUCGCUCGAACGUGGAUCGCGCGGAAAGCUUUCGCAUGUCCAAUUCUUCGUGCAAAUCGUUCCAAACGUUUUUCUUCCUUCGAUACCUUCAGCUCGUCUGCUAUCUCGGGGUUUUUGAUUCGGCGGUCGGCGUUCACCAAUUUGUACAUGCUUUGGUGGUGCUUAUGUCAGUAGGCGCAGUUUUUGGCCGUCCCUAACGUUCUUCCUCUGCCAAGCUACGUGACCGUACAACGUUUAAAUUUAGCUGCCCAAAGCUUCACCGUGGAAAAUGGUGCAGAGUACACAGAAUCCAACUCUUCCUCCUUCUUUUUAUUUUGCGUAGGUUUUUUGCCUUUCGAAACGAAACGCGUGUUAACAGCCUAAUUACUCCAUUCUGUCCAUCUUCAACAAAGCACAAAACUUGACAUACUCAAACGACGGCCACGUUGCAGCUGAGCAUCCAAUAUGGUGGAAAAUUAGGCAGGUGACUUUCAGAAGAUGAACAAAGAAAAAUCAUUUAGGUUGAUUCACUAGUGCUACCCUGUGCCCUGAUUGUCCGAAACUUUUCAUCCUGCCCACGUAUAUUCGGCCUAGGCAAGCUUCUCGAUAUUGGCGAAUUAUUGUCAAACAAAACGUCUGUUAUGCCAGCGGUAGCUUGCGGUUGUACUACGACGAGGGCUCACUCAUCAUGCUGCGCAAAUCUUCGACGUGAAUGUAGAACAAUGAUUGAUAUCACUAAAAAAGCAAUGCAAUUUGAAAGGUCGCUUCGCGUAGUAGGCAUGAAACGAGUACGAAAACAAACAUAAACCCCAUAGCUGUUAUUAAAAAUGCAUUAGAUCGGUACUAGUAUAAACGAAAGCAUAUUAUACCAAGGAAAUAUUACACGCAGUUUGCAGUUGUUAGGUAAGAUGAAGAGAGCAGAGAGCCGAGAUCUACACAGUUCGUUCGUCCAAACUCGAAAAAAACUAAAGUAAAUAAAUUGCACAAAAUGUUAGCUGAGGGUUUUGAAAAUUACAUCAAACCUAUUCUGUUCGAUAACUGCAUACAGUAACAAUGAUUCAAUCUCCAAUACGUUAAAGGGUGAAAAUUGUAUGUUUAAACAUACAUACUGAGUACUGCCGGCGUCCCUCUGCCGGAUAGCAAGUCGGAUUCGUCGAGACUACUACUGAAGCAUCGCAUGCUACGGCAUGAUAACAACGAUCUUUUGUCGUUGUGGCGUUUGUGAAAAUGCGUUCGGCUAUUAUGUGUGUUUCAGUUACUGAAGGUACAUCGUUGAGGGGACGCAAUAAAGGAAAAGUUACCGUUAUAAAAACACUGUCUACCUUACCGCUUGUUGUUUAGAAAAAACUAACAUACAUACUUAUAUAUGACUUGACAGCGAUUGUGUAAGAUACGAAAAAGACAGGGCAACUUAAGAGUAGAAGUGCAUGUUCGGUUCAAGCGAACUGUUCGGAGCAGUUAUCGGAGUGGAGAAAAAAAGUCGCUUUCUUUCGGCCGGUUGCCAAAGACUUCAUAUUGGAGGUAUAGAUAUUUUCCCGACAGACCUACCCAAAAAUUUGUAUAUGUUCAGAUAAAAUACUGCCGAAAGACUCUUACAAUAUGUUGGUACUCGAAUCUUGUGCGCUGCCCGUUGUAUUUUGUUUCAUCUUUUAAAUCGAACAGAACCGUAUCAUCAGUAACCUAAACUUUCCUAACAUUCAAGUUGACGUCUUUCGCAUAGGAACCGAUAAAUUGGUACGAGGCAAUCGAAUCAUUUGCGGACAAACCACAACCACUUGUAGUACAUUGAAAAUGUUGUCCGUUGAAAUGUUGAAACGAAAGACUAAUGGAACAUAAUAUUCAUGCAUUGGCCUUAAUAAAAACUUGUGCGUAACUCUGUUCUGCCAGUUCACACCAGAC